AUGAAAAUUUUUAAGUCAAUAUUCUAAAAUAAGAAGGAAGAAGCUAAUCUGGAACUUAAAGGUGAAUACUCUUCUAUUUAUGAUGCCAAUUCCUAAACUGUCAAGUUAGAAGACAUCAAGGGUGUCAUUUAAAAUGAAAGAAAGCGGAAGCUGCUUUUCACCAGAUAAACCACUUCUAUACUCGAAGAAUUGAAAGUCUUGUACACCAUUCAUAUGAUGCUAAUUGCAGACUAAAUUAAUGAUUUUGAUUAAGAAAGGUACAGAAUAUACGCUAAAGAAGAUAAUUUUUGGAAAGUCUUAAGAUCAGCGAAACCUAAAAACUUGUUAGGCUAAUCACACUGUAACCCACUAAACUCAACAAUAGCAAUAAACAAUUAUGUAUUUGAAUUCUUCAGAAGUAUUAUCUAAUAUGAUGUCUAGUUUCCCUCAUAAUUUGAUGAUUUUGAAAAAGAAUUGACCAAACUUUAUUAUUCAUAUUUGCAAAGAGCUGUGAAUAAUUGUGAUAUUUAUUACUCUUCCUAAAGAAUGUAAUAUCCAUACUAGGAUGAAUACAAUAAUAGAAGAGUACAAUAUUUGUGGUUAUUCAAAUUAUUAAAUUUACUCAAUUUUAAAUUGGCUAUGAUUCCAUUCAUUUAAAAGAUUAUUUCCAAAUAAUUAAUAAUAUCUAAUAUAGUGAAAGAUAUUACAAUCCUAAUUUAUAAGGAUUGCGUUAAUGAGUAUUUGUUUUUCAAGAAGGAAUUAGAAGAAUAACUAGAGUUUUAUUCAUAAUUUAGUGUUAAAGAUGCGAUUAGUUUUUAUGAGUUAUUUACUCAAUUGAAAUUUGUUACAGAUAGACUAAAAUUGUUUCAUAAUUUAAGAUAAUUAUUUAUUAAGCACGAAAAAAUUAGAGAAUUUACUUGGUUUGUUUUAGAUAAGCAAUUAGAAAAAGAUAUAGAAACCUAUAUACAGAAAGCAAAACUAAUUAAUACAACAUAAUUCAAAAACAGCUUAUAAGUUCCAAACUAAAAAGCCGCAUAUGAGCAUCUUUCAAAAUAAUUACAAUAGCCUAAACCUUAAAAAGUAACAUAGCAACCUACUUUAAAAGGACAUCUAUUAAAAGCAAGUAUUAUCUCCAGAAAAUCCAAAGAAAAAGUAGCCGUCCAAACAAAAUAGUUAGAGACUUUAUUACCAAUAUUGAUAACAAUUAGGAUCUCAAAUAUUUUUAUUUUUUAUUACAAAACCACAAAAAAUGAUUAUUUUAUUAUAAAUCAUAAUUUAAGGUUGCUUAUCACAUUAGUUUUCAUUUUUUAUAAUUAAAUAUUGUUUUUGUCUAUGUUAUAUUCAGAUUAGAAUGAUUACAAUUAGUUUAGCCAAGUAGUCGAUAUAUCAUUAAACAGUGUUGAUUAAAGUUAAAGUCAGUAUGAGAAAUUCUAAGGCAAUGCAGAGAACGACUUAGAGGAAUAAAAGGAUGUGAUCUCUAUUUAAUCUAUUAGAAUUCCAUUUAAUAAAGUAGACUUUAUUUAAUAACCAAUAAUGGCGAAAAGGAUCAUGCCGGCAUACAUUAAAAAGAUAGAUAAUUCCUAUGCGUUCUAUAUUUUUGAUCUAUUGCUAAUGGAGGCAACAAAAUUGGGAUUAUUUAAUUAAAAAUUCAUUAUUAACUCUGAAAGUAAAACACUUGUUGGAAAAAUAAAAAUAAUUGAUGGGGGAAAACUUUAUGUUUUUUAAGAUGGUGGAAUGAGUCCAAAGAAAUGUACAAAUUAAGCAUUUUACAGGAAAUAUUUAGGUAGUAUUUGCAAAUAAAAUGAAUUAAAAUGUCACAUUCCAAAAAUAAAUUAAUAAAAUAAUUAAAUUUAUUCUUAUUCUCCUGUCUAUUUCAAGAAAAACAAAGAAAUCAUAUAGUAAAAUAAUUAAUUUUUCGAAUUUUACAACAUCUUUAAGUUUUCAAAAUAAAAUUUAUGGUCAAUUCUAUACAAAAAAGAACUCACAUCAGAUCAUUUCUUGAUAAAAAUACAAAAAAUGGAUGAAAACGCAUUUGAAGUACUAUAUACAGCACCCAUAAAUCAUUUGUAAGCGUUCUAGAUUAGUAUUUCUAUAAUACAAAUUAUUUCUUGA